GCAUUUGUUUGCUCUGUUUUUCAUGUAGUUUAUUUGUUGAAGAAACCAGGCUGCUUGGAGGCAUGAGCCAUUGGUAGAGAGCUGAGCAUGACAGUAGAGAGAGCAGGACAGGGACGGAUGGGGUGGAUGCUGGGCACAGUCAGGACAUCCACCUGCAGGACAGAGGCAGCCGGCAGCAUGUGGAGGCCCUUCCUGAGCCAACAGGAGAGACCAGAGCUACUGACAGGUGGGCUUAUCCAUGUGAUCCCUGAGGUCCCUCAGGUGGGGGAGCUGAGGGAAGAUGGAAAGAUGGUCUGAACCGAGGUGCAGGAGCAGAGCUCAGGCUGGCCCAGUGGGGGAGGGGCAGGGCCUGAGGGCAGGCCCAGAAGGAGCAGGAUGUCUGUGUCAGGAGGGAGGGAGAGUGCAGUGCCAAAAGCCAGUACCCAGCUCCUUCCGGAGCCCCUCCCUGGCCUCCCUGCUAGGGAUCCACCCUGGGCCCAGACACCAGAUCUUUUUACAAUACCUGUGGUCAGUGGCCCUGAUCCCUUGCUCUGCCUUCUCCUCCUCCUGCUCGGCCUCCCACAGCCAGAAGCCACUGAGGGGGGCCAUCCUCCUCAGUAAAAGUUUGAGUACAAGCUCAGUUUCAAGGGACCAAGCCUGGGCCUGGAACAUCAUUCUCGAGCCAUCAUGAAGAGCGACACCAACUCUGCCCUACACCAUCUGGGCCUGGAGAAAGUGCAGCUGGCCACACCCAUGCAGAACUAAAGUGGUACAGUGUAGAGUGGGGCCCCUGUCCUCUUCUCUGGUUGGCAGGUGGACAUGCAGAUGAGGGUGACUGGACCAGGGCACCAGGGAACCUAGGGCAUGGCUGUGUGAUACACCCAGCGGGGCUGAGUCAGCUCUUUCCUGGUGGAGCCUGCCUUGAGGGAUGGCAUCAGGAUCCUCUUUGACUCCUCAGCUCAGGAUACCCAGGACAGCCCUGCCAUCCAUGUGCUGGCCAGUGAACAGCACAUCCCCUACAAGCUGCUUCAGUUUCAGGCCCAAGACUUUGUCUUCCUCCUCCAGGCUCUUCGUGGAGGUAGAGCAGCUCCACCUGGGAUGCAGCUAGAAGGGCUAUGGGCAAGGCUGGCUCUGGGCACCAGGGAAGACAUGAUUCCAAAGACUAGGAAGAGGGUAGGAGCCCAGGGAGCAGGGGAAAUAAUUUUUGACCUGGAGGAGACAUUGAACAGACACAAGCAGAUCCUGCAGAAUCUCUCUGAGCACUUGGCCCAGGCUGAGAGGCAAUGGAAGCAGCAGCUGGGGUCCCCAGGUCAGGCCAGGCCUGAGGGAACCUGGGUGAGUAGCCCCCAGAACAUUCAUCCAGGCCUGGAGAAGCUGAGCUCCCUAGGCACUGGAUCCCAUGGCACCAGUGGGCUCCUUGUGUCCAAAAAGAGGAGCAAGCACUAUACUUGGGAACUACUAUCCCCCAAGGACUCUGCCAAGGUCAGCACCCUGCUCAGUGGACAGUGGACUCUGCUCCAGGACCUACUGGGAGACACAGCAACUCACAUGGCUUCAAGAGCCCAGGUCUUCUACCUGCCUGUGGGCAUCAAGCAUCAUUUCUCAGAGUGGGCCCAGAUCCUGAGCCUCCUACAGAAGGACCUGGGCCCAGCAAAAGCAGGAGGCAAGGACCCCUGCCUACAUGACCAGCCCCCAGGGGCAUCCUCAUGCCUGCAGCCCAGCACCUUCCUGUUCUUCCUCCUUAUUCAAACUGUAGUUUUCUCCUUCUACCUGCACUCAGGGCAGGCCAAAGGAGCCACAGAAGGUUCCAGAUCAGGGGAGGCUGUGGUAAAUAAGCAGGAGCUGGAUGAGAGCCUUCAGGACUGUCUCAGCCUUCCCCUGAGUCCUGCACCAUGCAUUCUUAGGGCUCUAGGGGCUCUGAGGAGGCAGGCCCUCUCCCCUAGCAUGCAUGGGUGA